GUAUUUAUGGGUUUCUAUUUGAGUAAUCCCGAUAAAAUCGCUCUUAAUCUCCAUUUGCCAUGGGUAGAUUGGGAUUCUUCAGAAAUUGUGGAAGUGGAAUUUGCAACGAAAUAUAGAUACAACUCCUACAAGGGUGAUAUUAUCAACUCAAUGGCAGGAAUAGAUCUAUCAUGCAAUGAGUUAAGUGGCAGCAUUCCUCAAGAAAUUGGAGACCUGCAUGAAAUUCGAUCAUUGAAUUUGUCUCACAAUCAUAUAACAGGAUCUAUACCAGUCAGUUUUUCAAAUCUAAGGAGUUUAGAGAGCUUAGAUCUUGGCAACAAUAAUUUGAGUGGUGAAAUCCCGAGUGAACUAGUUGCGCUGACCUUUUUGGAAACUUUCAAUGUUUCAUACAACAAUUUAUCAGGUAGAGUUCCUAAUGGAGCGCAAUUUGGAACUUUCGAUGAAAACAAUUACAGAGGUAAUCCUGGUCUCUGUGGAGAACGCAUUCAUAAGAGCUGCAAAAGUGAUGAAGCUCCACAAACACCGCCACCAUCUGCUGAUGUAGAAGAGGAAGAUGAAGGGGUAUUGAUAUGGUGUGGUUCUAUUGGAGUUUCAGUGGAGCCUAUGUCACAAUCCUAUUGGUGUUGGCAGCAAUCCUCCGCAUCAACAGGCAUUGGCGCAUGUUGUGGUUUUAUUAUGUUGAUGUUUGUAUUUAUUCAAUUUCCAUUUGGGUUUGUCGGAACUGAUUUCAAGCAAUAGUCUGACGGAAAGACACAUUGUAAUACAAUAUAUAUAUAUAUAUUUGGUUUUAAUGUUGAUGUUGCCCUUAUUUUGCUUCUGGUAGAAUUCUGGUUUCUAAGGAUGUUGGUCUAGUGGAAAUGGAAGAACCUUAGGGCAAUAUGGAUACUGCUCUCUAGUGUUUAGGAAGGAAAAGAACUCUAGAUUGAUGCAAUUUUAAAGGACUGGUUCUUGGGUUUACUUUGCUGCAAGAAUGCUAGGGCCAUGAGGUGCUUUCAUGGC